UAGACCACGCUUCGGCUGUCGCCGCAGGGGUCGCAGGGUUCAUCUCCCCACUGCGGCCGCCAAAGCAAAGCGACCUGCACCGGGGAACCCUUUGUCAUUGAUAUGCAAUUUCUUGUUCGUGACCGUUGACGCUAUGCCCCUAAGCUUCGAGUGUUCGACCUUGAUUUGGUCCCUGGUAAAGCUUUACAUGAGAUAAUGCAGAGUUUCAUGGCAGAUCGGCAGAUGGAGGCGCAGCAAGCAUUCAAGCAGACAGAUAUGCCGUCCUUCAGAAAUUUGUCGGGAAACUGGAGUCGUCAUCAGGAUUUCAAUCAUCCUUAAACAUCACCAAAUGUUUCGGAUUGGCUUUCGACCGAUGCAGCUGGAUGCUCGACCGGGCCGCUGUGUGGACCUGGCUCUGGACUCGCCGCGCCGAAGAAUUCGCUCUGGCCGGUGAGAAGCGCAUCGAGACGCUGGGGCCGGAGUUGCGAUGACCGAGAAGAUCUCGGAUGGAGAUCGAGCCGGCUGCGCUGGUGACGAGCAUCAAAGCCUUAGGGCGGACAGAGGCAUGGGAGCAGGCCUUGCAGAGGCUCUUCGACGCGAAAGAAAACAAUCUGGAGUUGAAUGUUAUCACCUUCAACUGUGCCAUCGGUGCAUGUGCCCGUGCAGGCAAAUCGAAGCAGGUACUUUUGAUGCUGGCUGAGAUGGUCAAGAGUGAGAUUGAGGCUGACCACUUCAUCUACUUCAACGCACUGAGCUCUUGCAAGCGACAGCGGGAUCAGUGGCCACAGGCGCUGAGUUUUCUCCUUGCUGCUGCCUGCAGCGGGAUUACGCUCGAGAAGGGGGGCUACACUGAAGCGGUCACCAUGUGCAGCAGAGCUGGUGUGUGGAGGAAGGCCUGGGAGGUGUUUGAUGAGGCAGUAAGCCGCGGUGUCCGCCCAAACACCAUUUUGCGGAACUCCUUGGUGGCUACCCAUGGCGAAAAGGGUGGCGAAUGGCUGCGAGUUCGUCCCAAACCAUCCCGCUUCCGCUGGCCGCAAGCACAAGCGCAGCUCACGGAGAUGCAACGUAGCUCCAUCCGGUUGGACCAGAACAGUUUUGCUUCGAUGUUGGCAUGCUGUGGAGAUAGUGCUCACUGGACGGGUGCCAUUUACUUCCUUGACAGGAUGCACCAGGCUGUCGCGCUAACUCUACCUGCAUGCACCGCUGCAGUCAUCGCCUGUGUCCGGUCGGGCGAAGGUCCACGCGGCUUGAGGUUACUUCAGCAGAUGGUGGUGAGUCAGAUUCUGCCAGACAAGGUCUUGUAUGGCGGAGCACUUGCAGCUGCAAAAGGGAUAGAGGAUUGGCCCAUGGCGCUCUCUUUGAUGAACCAUUUGUCUCAACAAACUUUUGGGUGUCCUGAUGCGGCCUGCUUCGUGAAUGCCAUCAUUGCCUGUGCGCAAGGGCGUCAAUGGGUUGCGGCGCUCGUUUCGGGCCCAUUUGGGGUGGCGUGGCGGGGAGAGUGGAAAGUCCUUAGGAGAUACACCCCUGGAAGCUAAACAACAUUGGUUUGUGGAGAAAGUAGCUGGAGCACGACCCUUGCUUGCGCCGAGUAGUGUUCUCAUCGGUCCGUUGUUUUUAUUGCACAAUACUUUUCGUACUUUUGGCCUUCUACGCUAUGCUACGCUACCUACUUUGCGUG